AUGGCGGCCUUACCCCCAGAGAGGACAACACUUUCUCGUCCUUUUGAUAACACAGGUGUCGACUUCGCUGGCCCCUUCGAUAUUAAGACUUAUGCAGGCCGUGGUUGUAAAGUAACAAAAGGUUACGUACUGGUAUUCGUAUGUUUUGCGACAAAGGCUAUACAUCUCGAAGCCACCAGCGAAAUUUCUACUCAAGCGUUCUUAGCUGCGUUUGCACGAUUCUUUUCUCGUCGUGGAUCACCGAGUGCUCUAUAUUCAGACAAUGGUACUGCAUUUGUUGGCGCUUCCCAUAUAAUGGACGUUGACAAAACCAAUUUUAUCUCUCUUGUACGACGAAAACUACUUGAUAAACACACGUUUGCUUCGCUUGAAUGGCAUUUUAUUCCUCCAGGUGCGCCACAUAUGGGAGGGCUCUGGGAAGCAGGAGUCAAGAGCUUCAAGAUGCACUUAAAACGAAUCUCUCAUAGUCAGAGUUUUACAUAUGAAGAGUUCUCGACUUUAUUGGCUAGAAUUGAAUCAUGUCUAAAUUCCAGACCGCUUAGCCCUAGUAGUGAAGACCCCGCAUAUCUAUGUGCUUUAACCCCCGGACAUUUCCUUAUCGGUAGUCCAUUAUUGUCACCCCCCGAACCUAAUUUAACUGAUCACUCAUUGAGUUAUGUUAAUCGAUGGCAGAAGCUAAAGGUUCUACAUCAUCAUUUUGCUCAAAGGUGGAAAGAGGAAUACCUCAAAGAACUCCACAAACGGUUUAAGUGGAAAUACCCCCAGCGUGAUUACGCUAUCGGAGAUCUAGUCAUUAUAAGAAGAGAUAAUUUACCCCCAAAUCAAUGGCGGCUUGGCCGCAUUGAAAAAGUUGUUCGCGGUAAAGAUAACCGAGUUAGAGUCGCCGAAGUACGAACUGCCAACGGCAUCGUUACUAGGCCUAUCGUAAAAUUAGUUUUACUUCCCAAUCCCGAACAACACUAA